UUAAGUUGUGUGCCUUUGUAGCGGAGGAUGGUGUAUUGCGCAUUGAUGGGAGAAUAGACAGAGCUUCCGUAACAAAGGAGAUGAAGUACCCCGCCAUCUUACCAAAAGACAGCUACAUCACGAUGCUUUUAAUAAUGCACUACCAUUGCAGUUACCGUCAUGGAAACAACGAAACCGCCAUUAAUGAAAUUCGACAAAAGUUUUAUAUACCUCGGCUAAGAACAAUUUUUAAAAAAGUAGUGCGCAAAUGUCAAAUGUGUAAAGUUAAGAAGGCACGGCCUGUCUACCCUCAGAUGGCGAAGCUACCCAGGGCUCGUUUGUCUGCAUAUGUAGCACCGUUUACAUUUACAGGUCUAGAUUUCUUUGGACCCUUACUGGUGACUGUAAAUAGACACAAGGAAAAGCGGUACGGAGCUUUGUUUACAUGCCUAACGAUUCGAGCGGUUCACAUUGAAAUUGUGCAUUCACUCAAUACUAGUUCGUGUAUAUUGGCAAUACGAAAUUUUGUGGCCAGAAGAGGCACACCAAGGGAAAUUUUCAGCGAUAAUGGCACCAACUUUGUUGGUGCCGAAAGAGAGUUGCGUGAAGCUAUAAAACAAAUGGAUUCCAAUGAGUUUGUUCGCCAUUUUACAACAGCAACGACGAAGUGGAACUUCAAUCCACCUUCAGCACCUCACAUGGGCGGGGUAUGGGAGCGUAUGGUGCGCUCCGUCAAAACAGUUCUCUACCGCAUUAUGCCAACAAGGUCGCCCAAUGAUGAAACUCUUGUGAGUAUGAUGUCCGAGGUGGAGAAUAUAAUAAAUUCUAGGCCCCUGACGUAUGUCCCAAUAGAUAACGAAAGUCAAGAGGCAUUAACUCCUAACCAUUUGCUUUUGGGGAGUUCCAAUGGCAUGAAGCCGCUAGUUGAAUAUGAUGAUAGUGUGCACGUUCUUAAAAGCAGUUGGUUGGAAACUCAGCAGUUCGCACAAAGAUUUUGGAGACGGUGGUUAGCCGAGUAUUUGCCCUCACUCACUUGCCGGUCAAAGUGGUUUGAAAAAUCUAAGCCGUUGAGGGUUGGUGACUUGGUGGUUGUGGUUGACCCUGCUAAUCCUCGAAAUGUGUGGCCUAGAGGAAAGGUUCUGAGUACAAAAAUGGCAGAGGAUGGACAAGUUCGGAGUGCUAAGAUAAUGACAUAUUGUGGAGUUCUUGAGAGGCCGGUUGCAAAAUUGGCUGUUCUCGACGUGGCUCAGGUUGAAGAGUAAGGCUGCGACAUGAUGUCUUGUCAUACUGCGGGGUGGUGUUACCGCCACUGUCGAUUUUAUGUUAUCGAUUAUUCUUAAAUAGUUAUUGCUAUUAAUUCUUGUGAUUUGUUUAUUGUUUGUCAAAUUUUGUAAAAGGGAGAAUGAAAAACUAUUACUGGCGAAAAAGGCGCGGUGAAGAAGAGUGCACUGAAAGAAGAUAAGGAAUUCAUCUUUUAUAUCUUUGUGUUAACAAAGAUACACAAAAGUUAUUAUAUUCUUUUAAAAAAUUUACAGGCGCUAAGUUUUCAUACCAAAAUGAAUUUUAAUACUCAAAUAUAAAACACCAAUCUGGAAACCCUAACGAGUUUUGUAUUUGGUGUUCAAAAUCCAGUGGAAUCUUGGC